AUGGCUCCUCAAUUGGCUUACAUCGGACUGGGCAAUAUGGGCAAGGGGAUGACCAAAAACCUCGCCCAGAAAGCCGCACUCAGCUCGCCAAUUCUCCUAUACAACCGCACGCAAUCCAAAGCUGCAGCUCACGCGGAAUCCAUCGGCGGCCCCUCCAAGGCCAAGGCAGUAUCAUCCAUCGCCGACGCCGUCAGCGCAUCCGACAUCAUCUUCAUAUGCGUGGGUGACGAUGCCGCCGUUGAGAACAUCGUCGACACCGCGCUCAGCAGCGUGCCAGACAUCAAGGGCAAACUCCUCGUCGACAUGUCCACCAUCCACCCGGACACCACCCGCAAACUAAACACCCAAAUACGCGCUCGCGGCGCCAGCUUCGUCUCCUGUCCCGUCUUCGGCGUGCCCGCCAUGGCCGAAGCUGGUCUGCUCAUCUGCGUACUAGCAGGCCACAAGAACGACGUCACCAAAAUCCUGCCCUACACAAUCGGCGUCAUGGCACGCGCCAAUAUCGAUCUCACAUACGACGACGACGUCAAUGCCACCCAGGACAUCGGUAAAGCGUCAACAUUCAAACUCAUCGGAAACAGUUUUAUCCUCAGCUUCGUCGAACAGCUAGGCGAGGGCCUCACGCUGGCCGAAAAGGCCGGCGUGGGCAUUGAUCCCUUGAAGCAGUGGAUGGAACUCAUGUUCCCCGGUCCGCUGCCCAAAUAUGUUGAGCGUAUGCAGACGGGCGACUAUUACAAGCGCGAAUACCCGCUUUUCCCAGUUGACCUUGCGAGGAAGGAUUUGAGGCAUGUCACUGAUAUCGCGAAGCAAAGCGGCAUGCAGAUGAAGUCGUUGGAGGUGGUUGACGAGUACCUGAGGGAUGUGAAGGAGCACUCCGGGGAGAGGGGGGAUAUCGCCGGAAUGUAUGGUGCGAUUCGGAAAGCUUCUGGAUUGAAGUUUGAGAAUGACGAGUAA